AGUAACACAAGUCACAAUGUGAUUACGAUUCAAAAUUUAUAAAGCAGCUGAAAUUGAAAAAUAAAUUGAAACAUCAGUGAUUGAUAGGAAUGUGUACGAUAUUUUUCUCUUCAUUUCUGAUCCACUAAGAUUUGGUGUUAUGGCUGUCGUACAUUAACCAGUUGGAGAGUUAUCCAGAUGGGCCCUUUGGUCAUCCAAUUGUAUCACGUCUUCCAUUGUUAACUCUAGAAUGGAUAGGAGAAAAUCUAUCCAGUGGUGUCCUACCAUGCAACGCGUUGGUGUCUUGGCACUUCUUCUUUCCCUGAACUACAUGGAGGUGAGCCAGGGAUCACGGCACAAUGGCCACCUCAGCCCACGGGUGAUAAGAACCAAAUACGGUACAGUGCGCGGCAUGAUCAACAGCAUCGGCGUAGACGGCAUGGGUGACGCCGAAGUGUUCUUAGGACUUCCAUACGCCGAACCUCCAGUGGGAAACUUGCGUCUAAUGCCCCCUGGUACUCCAUCGCCGUGGAGUGCCUUGCGUGUUGCCCAGCAUUUAGGGCCUGUCUGCCCCCAGAGAUUACCCGACAUUCGCAACAAGACCGAGGCUCUUAAAACUAUGAGUCAGGGACGUUACCACCAUCUUAGACGUCUGCUGCCUUACUUACGCAACCAGAGUGAGGAUUGUCUCUACCUCAACAUUUACUCGCCUGCCGGAGCUAUAACUUCAAGGCUGCACCAAAAC